CAUAUCACUGCUCACAGCUGUCGGCCCUACUAUUAUUUAAUAUAGACCACAAUUCCCUUGGACAUUUCGUUUUUAAGAAAAGUUAAGUUAAACGUGACAAAUCAAAAUGGCAAAAAGUCCGGAAAAUAUUGCUAUCGACCAACUGGACAAGGACCAGAUGAAAACGUUCUCCGACUUUCUGAUGUCCUACAACCGGCUAUCCGAAAUGUGCUUCACAGACUGCGUUCGCGACUUCACAUCCCGCGACGUGAAGGAGAACGAGGAAAAAUGCUCGCUGAACUGCAUGGAAAAGUAUCUCAAGAUGAAUCAGCGGGUGUCGCAGCGCUUCCAGGAAUUCCAAAUGAUUGCCAACGAGAAUGCCCUGGCCAUGGUUAAGAAGACUGGCAACUAGAACUAACUAAGGAUUAUAUUAAGCAAAAGGACACACAAAAACCUAAAACAAUAAACAUGGAAAUGAAUGCAUUUUUGUUGCAUUUGUGUAAACAAUAAAGGAAACCAAACAGCCCAAGCGCCUGGAA